CUCUCACCCACCCACCACAAUCUCCCACCUUCUCUCUUAUACAAAACUCUCCUUUUCUAUUCCUCAUCAAUGGCGCUCCGGAAAACUCUUGGGAAGCGUCCGUUGAGCUGUUAUGGAAUCACCUCAUCGCUUGCUACCGUAGAGAACUCUCCGAUCUCACUCCAUACCGCACCUCGCCGGGAGUACGUGGCCCUGCCUGAUUCCGGUGAAAGAGGAUUCUUCCGACGGUUCUUUCACCUGAGGCCUUUGGAACAGCCGUCGCCGGGAUUUCCGAAGAUCUUCUCGGUUCCUGUGGGUGAAAAGUUGAGAGAAAAGCUUCGAGGCAUAAACAUUUCUGGAGAUCAGCUUCAGUUGGAAGGAAUAGCUCAGCCUCGACCUCUACCAACGGAUGCCAGGGCUAAGGUUUCUGUUGAAGAUGCGAGGAAGCUAUUGAGGGCUUCUCAAAUCCAGAAGCUUAAAGCGAAGCUAAGAGAGAUUCCAAAAAGUUCGAUUUCUUAUUACGAGUUUGUUCAGAUCUGCCUUGAUAGAUGUGGAAAUGAAGCUCAAGGUUUAGAACUCGCCAAAGUGCUGGAUCAUUCGGGAAACGUCAUUGUUUUAGGGAACGUCGUUUUCCUCCGCCCCGAAGAGUUGGCUAAAUCAAUGGAAAGCAUGAUUUCGGAAUCGAUGGCCCUCCCAGAUGACCCAAGAAGAAAAGAGCUAGAAGAAAUGGAGAAACAAAAGGCUGAAAUAGACAAAAAGGCCAAGGCUCAGGUUCGUGGUGAGCUUUAUUGUGGGCUGGGGUUCCUACUGUUUCAAACACUGGGAUUCAUGAGGCUUACGUUUUGGGAACUAAGUUGGGACGUGAUGGAGCCCAUAUGCUUCUUCGUCACCUCCCUGCACUUUGCCUCUGCCUAUGGGUUUUUCCUCACCACUUCCACCGAACCCUCCUUUGAAGGCUAUUUUCAACGCCGUUUCAAAACUAAACAAAAGAAACUCGUCAAGGCCCACGGCUUUGACAUCGAAAAAUACAAUAAACUUCGUCAAGCCUUUUAUCCCAACAUCUCUAAUGCCUUGCCGAGCUUGGAGCGUUGCUCCUCUACCACCUUAAAACAUGAAGACGAGGCCUUCCUUUGACGCUCCUGCAAAGGAAACUAAUGGAGUUUUUUUCUUCUUCUUCUAGCACUAGUUAUAUAAUAUUAUGCGAAAUAGAAAAAGGAACUAUGGAUUCUAUGAUGUGGAUCGCCAGUGACUUUGAUAUUUGAAUCAUAAUUGUUCUUAUCCA